AGAUGCGAGAGCUGUUUCCGAAAUAGCAGAAGAAAGUAGACGUAAACAGCGACGACAUCAUUCUGUUCAAGAGCCAUCAUCCGUUCGUAUUCCAUCCAUUGAUGAUCCCGAUAAUCCACGUCUUUUCUCUAAAAACUCGUCAACUUCUUUCACGAAAGCGGUAAAACCCGAGAGAAGCGGCAUGGAUUUUGUGAAUAUCAAAGAAACCGUUAGUGAUAAGAAAUAUUCGAGAUGGUGUGGUUUAUUGGCAUCAUCUCCUCCUGCUGGAAGUAAUCGUCUGCCAUCGAAAAAGCCACCAAAACGGCGAAUGUCAACUUUUCUCUGA